CAGACUGGAUGCAAUAGCUCAUUGGAAGCCAGUCUGGUCUAGUGUUCUUAUUUUAUUUUCAUCUUUACAUACUCUGACAUGCGUUUUAUUUUCUAGUAAAUCCUAAUUGAAUAUCGAAAAAUCGGAUAAUUAUCAGUUUUUUUUCUAGUUUCAAUUGGACCGCAGAGAUGAAUCACUUUUUGUGCCUGCUGGCCACAGCUUUCUACCUGUGCCUGCAGCUGCAGGUGGAUGCCGGGUCUCACCUGAGUAUGAUUGAACAGGCUGUGAUUGAAGCAAAGGCCGAGGUGGACUCAGCUUACAGCUACUCCCGCAGUGUGUCACUGCAGCGCGUCAGGAGGAACAGUGUUAGCCCUUCAGAUAUCAACAGAAUGCAGAAGCAGCCCGCAGGUCCUUCACGCCUCGCCGUGCGUUCAGCAGACUACAUGGAACACGCGGUGAAACUGAUCCAGAGCAACCUCGCAAGACGCAGUAAACGCUCCAUCAACGCAACAGAUCUGCUCUCUGAGGAGGAUCUGGAGACCAUCGCAAAACUGACCGGCUGCUCUGCGCGCACACGUCCGCCCUUCUGCAAGACGACUCCCAACCUAGACAAGUAUCGCACUGCACCCAGCGUCUGCAACAACAGGAAAAACACACGAUGGGGAUCCUCCAACAUCCCUUUCACCCGCUGGCUGGAUGCUGAGUACCAGGAUGAAACGUCUCUGCCUAAAGGCUGGGACCCUGCAGUGGAAGUCAACAAGAAUUUUCUCCCCCUGGUGAGAGAAGUGUCCAACCAGAUUCUGAAAACAAAAACCUCUGACGUGGCGGACGAUCCCCUCUUCACUCACCUGGUGACCAUCUUCGGUCAGUGGACGGACCACGAUCUGACUUUCACUCCUCACUCUCCUGUCAUCCGCUCCUUCAGUAACGGCAUCGACUGCGACAAGACCUGUGAGCGCACAGAGCCCUGCUUCCCCAUCGAGAUUCCCAAGAAUGACCCCCGCCUCAACGUUCAAUCAGAUCAGUGCAUCCCCUUCUUCCGCUCGGCGGCAGCUUGUGGUUCUGGCAACACCGGGCACAUGUUUGGUGCGAGCACUGUCCGCCAGCAGAUGAACACUCUGACAUCUUUCAUCGAUGCAGGCCAGGUGUACGGUUCAGACGACACCAAAGCUCAGUUCCUCCGGGACCUCAGUACAGACGAGGGGCUGUUGAGGGUCAACACAGAGUUCACCGAUAACGGCAGGGAGCUCCUUCCCUUCAGUAGCAUGGCCAGUAACAUGUGUGCUACCCGUGCUAAAACCACCAACCAAAGCGACGUAGAGGAGGUGCCGUGCUUUCUCUCUGGUGACGAGCGCACAAACGAGAACGUCGGUCUGUCGUCUUUGCACACACUUUUCCUGCGCGAGCACAACCGCCUGGCUCGUGCUUUGGCCAAACUCAAUCCUCACUGGAACGGAGAGAGACUCUACCAGGAGGCACGCAAGAUCAUGGGCGCAUACUUCCAGGUGAUCACGUACCGAGACUUCUUAUUCCACAUUGUCGGCCCGGACGUGAUGGCCAAGCAGCUAUCCACCUACCCUGGUUAUGAUGAAGACGUUGACCCCAGCAUCGCCAAUGUGUUCGGCGCGGCUGCUUACAGAUUUGGCCAUCUGAUGGUUCAGCCCUUCAUGUUUCGUCUCAGCGAGACAUAUGAGGAGCAUCCUGAGUACCCCAGCCCGCUGCUGCACAAAGCGUUCUUCACACCAUGGAGGAUUACACACGAAGGUGGCGUGGACUCAUUCAUAAGAGGUCUGGUGGGCCGGAAGGCAAAGCUGAACCGACAGAAUUCAAGGAUGCACGAUGAGCUGAGGGAUCUGCUGUUUAAGUUCGCCAGUCGGAUGGCUCUAGACCUCGCCGCUCUCAACAUGCAGAGAGGAAGAGACCACGGUCUCCCUGGCUACAACGCCUGGAGGAAGUUUUGUGGGCUGUCCCAACCAAAGAAUCUGGCCCAGCUGACUGAAGUUAUGGGAAACCUUGAGCUGGCCAAGAAACUCCUGGAUCUCUACGGUACGGCCGACAACAUCGACGUGUGGCUCGCGGGUGUGGCCGAGCCGUUCGUGGAGAGCGGGAGAGUGGGACCCCUGUUCGCCUGCCUGAUCGCCACACAGUUCCAAAAGAUCCGCCAAGGAGACCGGCUGUGGUGGGAGAACGGGAAUGUCUUCACUGAAGCUCAGAGGUAUUCUCUGAGGGAAACGUCGCUCGCUCGGAUUAUUUGUGACAACACGGGGAUCGAAGAAGUGCCAGAACAGCCUUUCCAGUUUCGGCCUCGAGGGAACGGUUACACCCUGUGUAAGAACAUACCUGAUUUUGACCUCACUCCGUGGAUGGAGAAUGAACAAGACCCAGAUGUUCCAGGAGAACCAGGCCAUCAUGGUCAAAAAGGCCCCCCAGGACCUCCUGGCCCCAGAGGCCCCCCAGGCCCUCCUGGACCCCCUGGUGACGCACAUCACGUGGCUUUCUCUGUGAGGUUGGGCAACGACCACCCCAAGUCCGGAUUGCCCGUCGCCUUCCGUGAAGUCAUCUACAACGGCCAGGGCAGUUACAACCUAAAGACCGGUUACUUCACCUGCGACCAAUCAGGCGUCUAUCAGUUCACGUUCUCCUGCACCGUCAACAAGAUUGCCGCCACCGUGGAUCUCCUGCGCAACGGAAAACCCUUCUUCCACUCCUUCACCACCUUCCAGAAUGGUUACUCGCUGGCCAGUGGCACGGUGUACGUGAAGCUUGUGAAGGGGGACACGGUGUGUCUGAUGGCCGACCACGGUUCUAACGGUAUGACCGCCGACAGCUACUUCUCAGGGAACCUCUUGUUCAAUGAGUAAGAGACUUAACACAGCAAGACGUGCAUCGAUCUGUCCUGACCUCUCUUUAGUUUAAUCUUCACCUCUGAAAAGCUGCUUUAAGAACGAGAUAAUUCCAGUUUACAGUUCGCUCUCAGCUCUGAUAUUAAAGGUCCUGUACCCACUGAAGGAUAACUCAACAAUCUUGUACAUAAACACAUCGGCCCCUCCCCCACAUCCAAAGCUAUUUAUUUAAGUCCCACAUGAAUUGGAUGCAUAUUAUUUAUGUUUUGAAAACUAAAGCACUUCAGGAUUUGUGCAAUGAUUGAAUAACUCCAGGUAGGAUAUGAAGUAGGACAUGAAGACACCGAGGCCGAGCUUCUGUUCAAAACAAUCGCUUUUCUGUGAAUUUAACAUUUUGCAAACAACAAGAUUAAAGUCCUCAUGAAAACGGAACCUCCAAAGUAUCCUACCGCCUUGUCGUUAUGUAUUUCCAACUGAAGCAGGAUAGAACCAAUCACAUGAUAAUGACGUUGGGAUCGACAAAGCUUUUUAAUUGGUCGUAAACUGAGUGCAGCAUGAGUCAUUAGACGUUUAAAAUUUGGUUUACUCAGAUAAAAACUCAGAUAAUACUUUGUUGAAAUUUAGUUGGCUGAUAAAUUUACAUUUAAAACAAGAAAGUGGGGAAAGUGUAUAUUUUUAUUUUCAUGAGGACUUUAAGCCCCCCCCCACACACACACACACACACACACACACAAACACUAUUUCUAAUGAACAUUGCUGAAAAAGCACAAAUGUAAAAUACCUUGGGCAUUUUGGAAGGUAUCGAAGCUUUAUAUUGAAUGAAGGAGUGUUCAAAAAGGAACCUGCAACAGAAGCCUGAAAGGCAGCAUAGUUUCCUCUACCUGUCUACUUAAAACAAUGUGAACAUUUUUGAAUUGUGAAUCUUAUUGUCUUUUGAAUGAAUCAUUUUAUUGUCUUUUUUCUGCACACUGUGCAAAAGAAGUUCAGGAUUUACAGCCUGACUGUCCAGCAAAUGAAUGUCUACUAUCAUGAAGUCUUGAAACAAGCUGCAUUUGUGAGAGAUCAGAUUUUUAAUUUUACUGCUUAUUUAAAAUAAGAAAAAAAAACAUGCUUUGUUUGCCCAGAGUUGAAGUGUCACUUUAAGUUUAUCUGUAAUAAAAUGAUGUUGUAAAGAUAA